UCACUAUAUUCUCCAACGUACACUAGUUUUCGUACUACAUGCAAUAACGUGACAUACAAUCAUGGCCGAGAAAGAAGAGGAAGAACCCAAAGUAGAAGAGGAAGAAGAAGAAGAAGAAGAGGAGGAGAUCGUGGUGGUGGAGUACAGAGUUCCGAUGCACUGCAAUGCAUGCGAAAGAGUGGUGGCGAAAACCAUCUCCAAGUUCAAAGGAGUGGAGAAGUUCACGACGCAGAUGCACAAGCACAAGGUGGUGGUGACGGGGAGGAAUCUGGACCCGCAGAAGCUUCUGAAGAAACUGAGGAAGAAGACGGGGAAGAAAAGGGCGGAGAUUGUGGCGGCGGAUGAUGGUGGUGGUCAGAAAGAGAAGGUUGACGACGACGGCGGCGGCGGGGAAGGGGCGGUGGAUGGUUCGGGUAUGGAGAUGGUUACUACGACGCCGCCGGCGGGAGUUUUGGUUCCUUUUUAUUAUUGUCAACCAGAUUACUACUAUUACGUCUGGCCGUGGCGGCAUCCGAGUUAUGAAGUCUAUUUCACGGCUUUUAGCGACGAGAAUGCCAACGCUUGUUUGGUUAUGUAGAUAUAUAAGAUUAAAAAAAAUGUAGAGAUACAUGUGUAUAGAUUUCGAUGCGUUGCUAUUUCUGUUAUAAGUGGAGGUGUUAAUUAUUAGUUUGAUUUCGAUUAACGACUGAGUAAACAAAGUUUACUUAUGAUUGAAUAUAAUGGAUAACUCUUAUUGGUUAAUUGUUAGUUGUUGAUUUUAGUUAGUGAUCAAUUUCACGGUUAAUCAAUUAAUAAUAAAAUAUAAUCAUAAAAUAUACUAAAACGGACUGGACAGUGAGGUUCGCUCCGUCUGUUGUAAAAGGGAAGCUGGGGAGAGGUGACUUUCAGGUUUUGAUACUUUCACAGAUUUGAGAUUUGGGUAGUGGGUUGUUUGCGAUAGGUGAGGAUUCAUAUGUUUGGAAUCGCGACCUUGGUUGAUCUUGAAUCGCGUUAUUUUUUUUCCCUUCGCCAAAACUCAAAAAGAUGUGGUUAUAGUAUUAGUAUGCGGUUAUCGGUUAAUUACUAAGCAAAAUUAACUAACCGAAACCAAAUCACUAAAGAAUAAUCAUCGGUUAUAAAUAAACCACUAACCACCAUUAUCAAUUAAAAUCGCUGAACGACUAAUCUUUUAUCAGCAGCCCUACCCACAUGUAAGCCAGUGAAUAAAAAAUAUAACUAACACUCAUACAAAUAUACAAUAGUUGGUGGGUUGGAUGAGUUAAUGUGGUUUACGACUGCGUUUGAUGGGUAAAGUUGUUGUCAUAAAAUAGAAACAAAGCUGAGUCAAAAUAAAUGCAUAACCAAACUUCAAUCAAAAUAGGGAAAUUAUUAGAAUUAUUAAGCCACAAGCAGACCAAAAUUACCAAAAAUAGAAAAACACUGUUUAUUACGAAAAAAGCGCAGAGCACUGUUCACCGUGGAACUUUUUGAUUUCCCGAGGGCGGUUUUAGCUGAUCCCGUUCACUAUUUUGGGCUAGCUAAGUUUUGACCGUUGAUCAGUUAGUUUGUAAGGGAAUCGUAUCCAUUAAAUUCUUAUCUCUAAAAACACGUCUUUGUACAUCUCUCUCCUGUCAAACUUUUUCUUUUGCAAAUUGCGACCAUUCUUCCCUCUUUCAUUUCAUGUUUAACUUUUUUCCCCUAUCCUUUCUCUACCCCAUUCUUCUUUAACCUCCAUUCUCUUCAUCUCCCGUUUCUUUUCCUAGAGAAUCGAAACAAAGCAAAGGAAAGGAUCUCAGGGAAGAUGGAUCUGGAAGGGAAGAGCAUGCUCUGCCUCCUAUAUAUCUUAAUCACCUCCGCGAAAACUGAAGGUGCGAUAGUCGGAUUAAGUCUUCUUCUCUUCAAAAUCGAUUCCAUGCUUACCACUCAAUCAUACUGGGUUUAAGUCCUAUCUAGCACGAUUGACAUCCAAAGUUUGAUUGGGGGAUUAGUUCUUCCUUUCCCCAUUUUAGAAACCCUAAUUGAAGGAACUCUCUGGUGGAUUGAUCGAGAUUGAGAAUGGCUGGUUCAAUGGUGGUCGUGGUUGGAUUCUUUGUUGAGAAAAGCUUUGUUGGGGAUUGCUUUGUUAUAGGAUUUGAUGGAGAAGAAGGGAUUACUCCGUUGCUCUCUUUGUAUCCUUCUCCCUCUUUGUUUUUUCCCCUUUCUUUUCAAUUUCAGUUUUCUCUAUCCAGUAAAUGUUCCAAGCUAAGGUCAGACCCCAAAUUUUAUUCCUUUUGUUUGAUUAGGAGGAGCUGCUUGCGAUGAUUCAUUGAUCCAUUUGCAGUACUGUUUAUUUCCCCCCUUAGCCCAUAUGAACUUGAGGAUUAUAAGCAGCAAAGUGGGAAUAGUAUAAUUUGAUUCCCAGUUUGUUUAACUGUAAUAUGACUUUUGGAUUUCCCAAUCUGAUUGCAACUUUGGAAAGACUAGAAUUUUAGCACACUUUUGAGUCACCUUUUCAUUCAAGCUCAAAGUUCAUUAUUUCAGAAUUUCUAUUACGUGAUAGUCUUAAUAGAGCCGUGGGAAUGGCAUUCUAGCUUACAGCAUAAUUCCUGGGGUUUUCUCUUAGUUUAAACUCCAUGUGUUGUUACUCUAUAUGAUGAAUUAGCAAGACCCAAAUCCAUGAGAAAGUUCAAACUCUAUAUUGUAUUUUGCAUAGAUCACUGUUUGAGUGCACGAGUAACAAUUUCUGCUUUUUAUAUGUCAUGAUCUGCUAAGUAUUACUGUAUAUGUAACUUUGUUUUGUUUAUGACGUAGUGUGUGCAUAUGCUUCUAAUGAAGUUAGUACAUCUUAUUCGUUUUUCCAUCAGAUGUACAUUUAGGCACAACAAUGUUGUUCUUGAGAGUUGAUGGCAACCAUUAGUUUCUUAUUUACUCUGUGCAUAUUCUUCUAAUGAAGUUAGUAUAUUAGAUCCAUUUCUUAGCAGUCAUAUUGUACUACAAGCAAAGAUUAUGAAAUAGGUCAUGCUAAGGACAAUAUUAGAACCAUAGUUUGUAGAGUUGAGGACUUGGAUUGAUUCGCUUUUGCUCUCUUUUCAUUGCAUGUUCUUUGAGCUAAAACUUUAUAUAUGUUACUAUACCCUUGAUACUUAUGUUUACUAUGGAUGUGUUAUCUUAGCAAGACAACGAAGGGUAUUAUCAACGGCCAAAUGGUGGAGAGUUCAUAAGCAUUCACUUCCAUUUUCCCUUUCAGGUUUUGAGUUAUACUACAUGAAAAGGAUUGAGCAAGAACUAACAUCAGUUGAUGAUUCACUUGGGUCAUGCUAGCAGCUUUAUCAUGAACCCUUAUUGUUUGCCUCGAUUGAAAGCUCUCCAGUGAAUUUAGAUCAUAAUCUUAUUUCUCUCUAUUCUCUUUUCAUUCUGGAAAUUUGUUUUCAUUAGAGUAGCAUGCAGUUUCAUCUAUGUUUGAAUGAUUGAAAAGAUAUAGGGGUUGAAGUACUUGCAAGUAAUAGUUGAGAAUGAGUUAGCAUGCUACGAUUCCCACCAUCUGUAAUUAUUAUUAAAGCAAUUUCAUAGUU